UUGGACAACCCGACCCUAUAAAAGACAGUUAAAAAUCGCUCCUUUUAACACCAUUUUUCUCACUCUCAUUCAUUGCCCCCACCCCUCUCUCUCUCUCUCUCUCUCUCUCUCUCUCUCUCUCUCUCCACUUCACCUGCAACCUGGAGAGGUAUGUUCGUGCCCCCACUUCAUAAUGGUCACUGAAUUUUCCUUGGCUUUGGCUUUUUGAAGCAUCUAUCAAUCUGAGGUGUGCGACACAUCCAUCCCUCUAGAAAAUGGCCGAGUAGUUUAGGCAGAGAUCGAAGCUUACUCUUCCAUUUGGUAGUAAAAAAUCUGUUCUUUGACAAAUAAUCUGACAUCUUGAUACAGAUGUGAUGGGAGAGAGAGGAGCGUACUCUGAGUUUGAGAUUUCAGAAUUUUGAGAGCUUUGAAGAAGGCAAUCCCAACUCUGCAGGGUCGACGCAAUGCCGGUUCCUCUUGCUCCGUAUCCGACUCCGCCGCCACCUUAUACUCCGCCGCCUGUGAACGGUACACAGAGCCAGCUUGUCUGUUCUGGGUGUAGGAAUCUCUUGCUUUAUCCUGCAGGAGCGACCUCCGUUUGCUGCGCAGUUUGCAAUGCGGUCACUGCAGUUCCUCCUCCAGGCACCGAAAUGGCCCAGUUGGUAUGCGGAGGCUGCCACACCUUACUCAUGUACAUCCGAGGAGCGACAAGCGUACAGUGCUCCUGUUGUCACACGGUCAACCUAGCCUUGGAAGCAAACCAGGUGGCACAUGUCAACUGCGGGAACUGCAGGAUGCUCCUGAUGUAUCAAUACGGAGCACGGUCGGUCAAAUGCGCUGUCUGCAAUUUUGUUACAUCAGUUGGUGCUUCGACAAGCACACCGGAACAGAAGUUCAACAGCUAGAAUUAGCAAUAAACCUACCAGUCACAGGCCUCACAACUCAUGGUUACAGUACUUCUAUUCUACCACUGCCAUGACUGCACAUCAUUGCCAUCAACGCAAGCAGAGAAAAUCCCUACUAGUUUAACUUGUAUAGAGUUGAAACCUUUUUCUUCGCCGUCGCGUGACAUUUAGUUGAAUAAGCAAGUUCUCGGCUAUCGGCAGGUUCGGGGCGUGUGAGUCUAGUACUUGUAAUGACAGAGACUCUUCUCUUCUGCUGUCAAAGCAUUUGGAUAAAGAGAGAGAAAAAGUGAAAAACUUCAUUUUCUAAUCUGUUUA